CUGAGCUGGGAUUUUGUGUUGGGUUGCGCUUGAAGGCGAUAGGAGCAGGUUCUACAGUGUCAGCCGUCAGAAUGGCUGCUGCGUUAGCUUUCCCUUGCAACUUCACUACAAGAAGGUGAAAUGCCCGGGUUGAAUCCAACCCAAGGAAGUCAGCUGACCAGGCAAAAAUCGAAGGCUUAUUCCUCAAUUUGGAUUUCCUAUAAGUAGGGAGACAAGUUGUGCCACUGUGCCUUGCUGUUGGUUGCAACUUGCAAAUCCAUGUAGAGAUUCUGUGAUUCUGUGAGUUGCGUGGUGGAAGAUGUUGCUCUAAUCCUUCACCUUUUGUGGCGCAGUGAUUAGGAGGAAGAAGAAGGCAGGCUUGCACAAGUCCACCCUCUUUGGGAUAUAUGGAUUCUCCUGCUCCGCCGCCGCCGCCGCCGCCGCCGCCGCCGCCGCCGCAGCCGGACUUGGAUCUUUCCCUCGCCGGCGCGUUAGAUACCAAGGACGUGAAGCUCUUCCCGUGCCUCUUCUGCAAAAAGAAGUUCCUCAAGUCGCAGGCCCUCGGCGGCCACCAGAACGCCCACAAGAAGGAGAGGAGCAUCGGAUGGAGCUCCUACCUCUACCUCGCGCCGGCCACGGCCGCUGCCUCCGCCACCAUUAAUCCUCCGUACCUGAGCUCGCCCCUGCUCGCCCACGCGUGCAGGAACAUCCCUCCCGGCGACUGCACCUACGGCGGGCAGUCGGAGUUCUCGAGCUGCUCCCGCAGAGCCCCUCGGUUCUCCAACGACCACCCCCUGCUCGCCACCGUGAGCAACGGCCGAGCAAUGUGCGCAGCCGGAGACCCCGCCGCCAGCGGUUAUGAGACAAUCGAUCUCCUUAAUUGGCAGAGGGGCUCCCGCCCUCCGCAUGAACGACCAGCGGCGGACUUCUCCGCCGCCGGAGACCGGACGGAACUCGACCUAUCCUUGAGGCUGUAGGAUCUCUAUAGCUUUCCCCUUCUCUCUCUCUCUCUCUCUGCUGUUCACUGGGUGUUAGAUUCUCCCUCUUCAUUAUGGAUUCAUGCAACCCAUUGUGGACGAAUCGUAGUUAUGUAAAUAUUCUGCAUUAUGGAUGUCUCUGCUCUGUUCUGUUCUGCCCUGCCCUGCCUUAAUCAAAACAAUUCAGUUUUAGUUCUUCCAUCAA